GUGUUUGGCAGGUGGUUGGUUAGCAGCAGCGUGAGACGCUUUCGGUUUCCGGAAAUCCUGUGUUGUUCUCAGGCUCUGCUCGGGGCAAGAUGGCGGCGCCCAGUGUCUAGCAACGCGUGCUGGAGAAAGUGCAGUAAUAUAUUACACAGUCCCACCGAUUUCUGUGAGAUACGAACAUAUAUUUACUAGGAGCUAUGAAGACAAAGUCAUCUCACCACAAGUCCGAGAACACCUUUAAGUUUCUGACGUUUUCUGAAAGACUAGCAAAUGUGAACAUUGACAUUAUACAUCGCAUUAACAGACAAGAAGGCUUUUCAGAGGAUGUUGAAACGUACUUCUAUGAAGGGUUACAGAAAUGGAGGGAUCUCAACCUCACUCAGAAUUUUGUUACAUUCUACAGAGAAGUGUCAAGCAAAUGCCAGUCAUUCCACCUGCUGGUGUACCACCAGAAUUCCAUAGUGGAAAGUCUAAAGAACCACCUACAAGUGAAGAACAGCCUUGCUUACCAACCACUGCUUGAUCUGGUGGUGCAGCUGGCGCGAGAUCUUCAGGCAGACUUCUACCCCCAUUUUCAAGAUUUUUUUAAAGUUAUUUCUUCCUUACUGAACACAAAAGACACUGCGCUGAUAGAGUGGUCCUUUACAUCCCUGUCUUACCUAUACAAGUACCUGUGGAGAAUGAUGGUAAAGGAUAUGCCAACAAUUUACAGUUUGUACAGUAAACUCUUGGCUCAUCAGAAAGAGCACAUUCGAAAUUUUGCCGCAGAGAGCUUUGCUUUUUUAAUGAGGAAGGUAUCUGACCUAGACGGCCUAUUAAAUUUAAUGUUUUUGGAUCUUCAAGAACAUCCACAGAAGGUGGAUGGCUUGGGGCAGCUGCUGUUUGAGAUGUGCAAAGGCGUUCGAAACAUGUUUCACUCCUGUGCCACAAAGGCCAUACGGCUGAUUCUAAGGAAGAUGGGACCUGUGACAGAGUCCAAAGAGUUGCUGCCCUGGAGUCUGGUGGGAGAGGCUUUGAAGCAGUUUGUGGAAUCUGCAACAUUAUAUAUCCACAAGGAACACUUUGAACCACUUUACAAUAAUAUUCAGGAGUCUCUGCUAGAGCUCUCUGGGAAAAUGGUUCCCAGCAAUAGCACAGAAUGCUCAGAUCAGAUGGAAAGACUGCUAGAGGCUUAUGCCAUCUUGGUGGAAUAUAAUCGCGGUGGAAAGAUCCCACAUCCAGAACGUGUGUGUACGACCUUAACAGAGUUGCUGCAAACAUCAAACCUCUCACCAUCUUGCUGUAAUACACUUUUAUCUAUCAUUUCUACUUUACUGCUCAGUGAAAGCAUUUCUCUACCAAUCUCUGAGAUAAAAGAAGCCAUAAAUAAGGUUUUUGAAAGUGGAUUUUCCAGAAAGUUGCUUCUGGAGUUUUCAGAAAAUAUGUUCACAAUGAAUCAGUUUGAACAGCAUUUUCUGCCAAGCCUCUUACAGUAUAUCUUGACCUUCUUUAUUGGAAAGGACACCACCUCUAGGAGUGAGGCCCUGGCAAUCUUGGCAAAACUCAUUUUGGAAAAAGCUGAGCCUCCUGCUGUUGCUUCAAUGGCACUUGAAAAAUAUCCUCUUGUGUUUGUGGGAAAAUCAAAACCGGUAAAGUUGAAACAUGGUGACUCCCAUAAAUCUCCAGUGCUGGACUAUAUAUUGUCUUUGGUUCAGCAGACACCAUGUGAAGACGUUCAUUACUUGUCACACUGUUGGGCUGCUCUACUUGUUCUUCCUCAUUUAAGACCACUGGAGAAGGACAACGUAUGGCCAAUUUUAUCAAACUUUAUAGAAUGUAUUUUCUCUCUAAUAAACCAGACAAAGUUCACUCAGGGGCUCCUAUGUGUAGCCUGCCAGGCCGUGAGCACCCUCCUUAGUUUGGAUGACUCUUCUGAUAUUCUCCAAAUCCUUCCUGUGGAAUGGGUGAAAGACUUGUUGCUAACUGUCCCCUCAGACCCAUGUGCACUACUCCUGGCUGACCUUUACUUCACUAGAUUAGUGCUCUGCGGGUGUCAAGAGAAACUUUCACAGGACAUCCAGAUGGAGAUUUUUUUGAAGCUACAAUAUAAUAUAUCGGCCAAUUCAUCAAAGGUGCGCCUCUUAACCAUACGGAUUUUAAGUCAUUUUUGUAUUCAGCCAUCUGCAAAUCAUGAGGACCCUAAUGAAGGAGAUAUUUUGUCAGUGUUUUCAAUCCUCCUGCAAGCGGAGCUUGUACCAGCUACUGUCCAUGAAUGUCGAGAAAAAUUGCUUCAUCUUAGGAAGUUGAGGCAUGAUCUUGUACAAGCAGUAGUAAAGGAACAUUUUCAGGAGAUACCACUGAGAUAUUUAUUGGCAAUGCUGUAUGUUAACUUCAGCUCUCUGUGGGAUCCAGUAAUUGAGCUGAUUGUUUCUCAUGCAAAUGAAAUGGAAAACAAAUCUUUUUGGAAGGUAUUCUACGAGCACUUGGAAAAGUCUGCUGAUCAUGCUGAAAAAGAAUUACAGGAUGAGCUAAUGGAAGAGCUACAGUACAACAAUUCCCAGGAUAAUACUGACUUGGGGGCAGGAGACACUGGAGUCCUAUAUUGUGAUUUCCUGAAAUGUAGAACUGAUAUAAAUGACAGGACUGAUUUCACAAAUUUUCGUUUUCUGCUUUGGAAAGCAAUGUCACUCUUCCCAGAGAGGGUGGAACCCAGGUCAAGAGAGCUUUCCCCACUUCUCCUGAGAUUUAUAAGCAAUGAAUACUAUCCUGCAGAUUUAUUAGUGGCUCCUUCCCAGGACCUUAGGAAGAAAAGAAUGGACAAAACAAAGAGUGGUGUUGGAGAAAGUAGCAGUGUGGAGGAUGAUGUAACGAUGGAAGAAGACAACAUAGAGCUUGAAGAAACCCAAAAUACUGGGUCGCGAUCAAAGAAAACUAGAAGAGCUGCUUCAAAGCAACUCAUCACACAUUUGAGAGUUUUUUCCAAGUUUUCAAAUCCGCGAGCAUUGUACAUGGAGCCCAAGUUAUACGAGCUCUAUACACAGUUGUUGUGUCAUCAAGAUCAGAAUGUGCAAAAAGUAGCCUUGGAAUGUGUGCUGAGCUACAAGAACCCACAUGUACUACCUUACAAGGAAAAUUUGCAAAGAUUACUGGAAGAUAAAAGCUUUAAGGAGGAAAUUGUCCAUUUCAGUAUUUCAGAGGAAAACUCGAUUGUAAAAUCCAUCCACAGGCCAGAUCUAAUGCCUGUGCUCAUGAGAAUAUUAUAUGGCCGCAUGAGAAGCAAAACUGGCAGCAAAACACAGGGCAAGUCCGCUUCAGGAACCAGAAUGUCAAUUGUUCUCCGAUUCAUUGCUGGCUCACUGCCUGAAGAGAUACGCCUGUACCUAGAUCUUCUGUACGAGCCAGUGAAACAUCUGAGAGAUGGAGGCUGUCUUGCUGUGGUGCAGCAGUGUGUAGAACAGCUGGACCUCUCCAAGGUGCUGCCUCUGGGACGCCAGCACAGCUUACUCAAUAGUCUGGAGGUAGUUUUGAAGAAUCUGGGUCACUUGAUCAGCCCCUACUUACCCGAGAUGCUUCAGAUUUUACUUUGCAUUACUGCCGCUGUGUCUCGUAUUCUUGAGCAGAAAGAAAAGAUCAUCAGACUUAUGUUGGAAAGUCAACAUUCUCCUUCCCUUGUGCUAAAGCUUAUUCAUGUUUGGAGUCAAAAUUCCAGAUAUUUUCCUUUACUUGGCAAGCAGAAACCUGGGCAGCCAGAGUAUGAUAUACUGCUCAAUACAUUUGCCCUGCUAUCAACAAAGAGUUUAUCGGAAACAACAGCAAAUUUAGUUAUAGACAUAUCUAAUAAUCUGCUGAACAUCCCGGACUUUGAAGAAACAGAAACGCUUUCUUCCUUGGUGGUAAAUGGCUGCGUUAUUCCUGAUAUAACCAGUGUAAAUGAAGAAUGUCCAAGUGUUGGCGUGAAGCUGGUUUUCCCCCAUAUCCCUGCGAUUCUCCAGUACCUGAGUAAGAGCAUGCUGAAUGCAGAGAAAAUAAGGAGGAAGAAAUUCAGUGCACAAGUCAGCAAAGAGCUCAGCAUCCUUUCAAAGAUUAGCAAAUUUAUUCAAGACAAAGAACAGAGUAAUAUACUCAUUGGCCUUCUUAUAUCCUACUUGUAUAAAAGUAACACAGCUCAGGACACAGAAGUGGAUAUCCUGGAGACAGUGCAGAAUCUACUAAGGCACUGCAUGAACCCCAGGAGUUUCUUGAAGCCAUUGGGUAAAUUAUUAGCUGUGGUUCAGAACAAGUUAUCUCGGCAGACGCUCUGUAUCACAUUUCAGGUUCUGGCUGAACUCGUUCCUGAGUUACAGUAUAUCACUGAUGUUGCAGUUAAGUUGAACGCGUUUGAUCGACGACAUUUGGAUGAUAUCAAUUUUGAUGUCCGAUUAAUUGCUUUCCAAAAAGCAAAUUCCUAUAUUAAAGAGAUGGCGACAAUUGAUGUGAACUACAUUCUUCCACUCAUGCACAACUGUUUUUACACCAUACAACUUGGCGAUAUGUCUCUGAGUGAUAAUGCAGGCCUUUGCCUCACCAGUAUUAUGAAGCAGUUGGCAGCAGUAAAGCACACCGCUACGGAGUUCCGGGAGAUCAUCAUGCGCACUCUUCUUGUCAGCUUGAAAAUUGGACUCAAAAGCAAAGUCGAGAAUAUUCAGCAGGAUUACACCACGUUGCUUUCUAACCUGAUCCGUACUUUCCCGGAGCAUACAGAAUUUUCAGAUUUAGUUCAACUUACAGAUUACAAUGAUCCAGAAAUGGAUUUCUUUGAGAAUAUGAAACACAUCCAGAUCCACAGGAGAGCCCGGGCAUUGCGGAAACUAGCAAAGAACAUUACUGAAGGAAACACGGUGCUUUCCUCCAAAUCCCUGCAGAAUUAUAUAAUGCCAUAUGCCACCAGCACUAUAUUUGAUGAAAACAUGCUUAAGCAUGAAAAUAUGGUCACUGCGUCUGUUGAAAUGAUAGGAUCUGUCUGUAAGCACUUGUCCUGGUCUGCGUAUAUGUAUCACUUAAAGCAUUUUAUACAUGUGCUUCAGAUGGGGCAGAUCAACCAAAAACUGGGUGUCAGCUUGCUAGUGACUGUGCUUGAUGCUUUUCACUUUGAUUAUGGCACAUUGGAGAAGCAUCUUCAAACGGCUAAUAGAGAAAGUACAAAAGUCUCUGAGGAUAAUGUGGAAGAGGAAAUAAUGGAAUUAGAGCAUGAGGAAGGAGAAGAGCAAAUGGAGACUGAAGAGCUAACCCUCAAGGGUGAUACUACUGUUAAUGAGAAUCCUGCAAAUCUACAGAGCAAUCCUAAAACAUAUCAAAUGUUGAACUCCCUACCAAGAAACAAGGAAGAGUUGGCGUCACUCAUCAGCCAUAUUCAAGAGACCGUGAAAAAUAACCUCAUCCCAAAGCUGCAGAAGUGCCUUAAUGCAAAGGUUAAGAGUGAGGAAGAACACAAGAUGGCAAAAAAGAAAUCGGUCAACGAAGAAGAAGUUGUACGUGUCCCGAUAGCGUUUGCUUUGGUGAAGCUAAUGCAGACACUUCCUCAAGAGGUCAUGGAAGCCAAUCUUCCCAGCAUCCUAUUAAAGGUCUGUGUUCUCCUGCGAAACCGCUUCCAGGAAAUCCGUGACAUCGCUAGAAACACUCUAAUAAAAAUCCUAGAAUCUCUUGGACCACGAUACCUUCACUAUAUAGUAAAAGAGAUGAAAACUGUCUUAGUUAAAGGAUACCAGGUUCAUGUGCUUACAUUUACUGUGAAUCUACUGCUGAAAAACCUUGUUGCCAGCCUUAAGAGUGGAGACCUGGACAGCUGUAUGGACACUCUAAUUCAGAUUUUCAAUAAUGAGCUGUUUGGGGACAUCGCAGAGGAAAAAGAAGUGAAGGGGAUAGUCUCUAAAGUCAUGGAGGCUCGAAGCAGCAAGAGCUACGAUUCGUAUGAACUCCUCGCGCAGUUUGUUGGAAAAGACAUGGUUGUGAACUUAAUCCUUCCCUUCAAAGAGGUUUUGGAGAAGACAACAAGUUUAAAGCUGGCCCGUAAAGUGCAUGAAGGCCUUCGCAGAACAGUUUUUGGUUUGAUAGCCAACAAGGACAUGACGGCAGAGUCCCUCCUGUUACUCAGUUACGGCCUCAUCAGUGAAAACCUGCCACUCCUGACGGAAAAAGAAAAAAAUAAAAACUCAGAAAUGCUUCCUCCAGAUCCACGCCUUCAGCCAAAGAGCUGUUUGUUAAUCCAGCCUCCUCUGCCUCGCGGGGGCAGGAAAGCAGCUGUCAGCAGCAAGACCAACAUGCAUGUUCUAGUAGACUCCGGACUGAAGCUGCUGCACAUGAGUUUGAAGAAAUCCAAAGUGAACUCUUCUGAGAGGCACGUCUUGGAAAUGCUGGAUCCCUUUGUACAGAUGCUAAUUGGUUGCCUGCAGUCCAUGGAUGUUAAGGUCAUCACUGGAGCUUUGCAAUCGCUCAUCUGGAUGCUGAAGUUUCCUUUGCCUGCUCUUGAUGAUAAUACAGACCAGAUGAUUAAACUGCUUUUCCUGUUGCUAAAAGACUAUGCAAAAGCGGGAGCAGCCAAAGGGCAGAAUUUCCAUUUGGUGGUCAGUUGUUUCAAGUGUGUCACCAUACUGGUACGGAACAUGAAGGGAACCAUAACAGAGAAACAGCUGCAAGUGCUGCUGGGAUACGCUGAGGAGGAUCUUUACGAUUCAUCACGACAAGCUACAGCAUUUGGUUUGUUAAAGGCUAUUGUAUCUAGAAAACUGAUUGUUCCAGAGAUGGACGAGGUGAUGCAGAAAGUUGCAAAAUUCGCAGUCACAGCCCAGAGUGACCCAGUCAGAGUUCAGUGUCGUCAGAUAUAUCUGAAGUAUUUGCUUGACUAUCCGCUGGGUGAAAACCUAAGACAGAAUCUGGAGUUUAUAAUUGCACAACUAAACUAUGAAUAUGAAACUGGAAGAGAUUCUGCCUUGGAAAUGAUUGCUUAUUUGUUCCAAACAUUCCCACAAGCAAUACUUAAUCAAUACUGUGGUCUUAUGUUUGUUCCCCUUGCUUUGCUGAUGGUGAAUGAUGAUUCUACAAAGUGCAAGAGAAUGGCUGCCCUGGCAGGGAAAUCUCUUCUUGAUAAAGUCAAUGAACAGCAGAAGGAUUUGAUGUUCUCAUUGGUUACUCAGUGGCUAAACAAUGAAAAGUCUGCUCACAAGCGGUUAGGUGCAUUGACCUGCGGUUUGUUUGUUGAAGUUGAAGGCGUUGAGUUUGAGCGGAGGCUUGAAGUUACUCUUAUUAUAAUUGAAAGAGAGAUUGAUCCCAUUCACUUUGAAGAUUUUAAAGAGGAGACAGAAGAGAAGGCUGCUGACAGACUGCUAUUCACUUUACUGACGCUAAUUACUAAGCUGAUCAAGGAGUGCAAUGUCAUGGAGCUGCCAAAGUACAGAGAUCACAUGAAUAAAAUAUAUGGUUACGUUCAGUCCCAUUUGUGGUAUCCCCAUAGUUGGGUCUGGCUAACGUCUUCCCAGAUCUUUGGACUGUUGUUUUCUUUUCAAAAACCUGAGGAACUCGUCAGUAAAUGGAUGGCCAGAAAGGCGAAGCAGAAGAAGACCCAGCCUGAAUCCUCGGCUGUGUUCUUGGCAGAAAACCUGGAGACAAAGAUGAAAGACCUUGCUCUUGCUUUCUGUCAUCAGCUGAAGUCAAAAUUUCUUGACCAGACCCUGGGGGAACAGGUAAUUAAGAAUUUGUUAUAUGUGGCCAAAGUUAUCUACCUCCUUCACCCUGAGGUGGAUAUGGAAAGCGCACAAAACAAUAAUGAAGAAAAAGAAGAUAAUACUAUGGAGCAGGAGGCUUCUGGGGAUGAGUUGGACACAGAAAAGGAUGCCGAGAAGGAGAAAGAGGAUGAGAAAGUUGCCACAUUGAUGUGGCUUAUGAAAAGACUGGCAAUACUGGCCAAGAAAGAAGCUGCCCACACACCUAAAAUUCCAUUAAAAAGAAUAUUUGUUUUUAAAUUCCUGGGAGCAAUAGCAGUAGACCUUGGAAAGGAGAGCGUGACGCCGUUUCUGCCGACUAUAAUUGCUCCACUCUUCAGAGAACUCCACAGCACAUAUGCCGAGCAAGACCCGACAUUGAAAAACCUCUCUCAGGAAAUCAUUGACCUUCUAAAGAACUUGGUUGGUUUGGGGGCUUUCUCUUUGUCCUUUUCUGGGGUACAGAAACAAGUCAACCAGAAGAGAGCUAUGAGGAAACAACAAAAAGCCCUUCAGGCUGUAGCAAACCCUGACCUGGCAGCCAAGAGGAAGAUCAAGAAACACAGAAAAAAAAUUGAGGCUAAGAAAAGGAAAAUUGAAUUUCUGCGACCCGGAUAUAAAGCCAAGAAACCGCGCAGCCACGCUCUGAAAGACCUGGCGAUGGUGGAAUAAACGUGGCCUGCAGUGUGUCUGCUAUGCUAGUAUACAGCAAUCAUUCUUGUAUAAUACUGUGUGUUGCGCACCUAUGGGAGAAAAACAUAAAAAUUUUAAGUACAGUUUAAUGUACUUAAGUUUACUAAUUAAAAUAUUUUCUAAAUAA